CAGAUGUCGCGUGACCGGCAAGCUAAGCAGCCAAUCAGAGAGUACCAUCUGUAAACAUGGCGCCCGGCUUCGGAUGGAGAUGUGUGGCUCUCCUGCUUUUUGUGUGUUUGUUAAUAUGUAUUUCAGCCACUGAGAGCAAAGAUAAACAUAAAAAGAAGAAGGAUAUCCGAGAUUACAAUGACGCAGACAUGGCGAGGCUGUUGGAGCAGUGGGAGGAGGAUGAUGACAUUGAAGAAGGUGAUCUGCCAGAACACAAGAGGUCUCCACCUCCCAUUGAUUUCUCUAAGAUGGAUGCCUCCAAGCCAGAGGAGCUGCUCAAGAUGUCCAAGAAGGGCCGGACUUUGAUGGUGUUUGCUACAGUGUCGGGGGAUCCCACUGAGAAGGAGACGGAGGAGGUCACCGGCCUGUGGCAGGGGAGCCUCUUCAACGCCAACUUUGACAUUCAGAGGUUUGUGGUGGGUUCAAACAGAGUGAUCUUCAUGCUGCGAGACGGCAGUAUGGCCUGGGAGGUCAAGGACUUCCUGGUGGAGCAGGAGCGCUGCCUGGACGUCACGGUGGAGGGACAGGUUUUCCCUGGGAAAGCUGCAGAGAAAGAUGACGCCAAGUACAAACAGCCAAACCAAGUCAAAAAAGAAGGCACGAAGAAGAGCAAGAAGAAGACGGAGAGCAGGAAGCCGGACGUGGAGGGAAACCGGGCCAGCAACCUGAAGACCGAGCUAUGACGGAGGAAAGAAGAGAAUAAAAGAUGUGCAAGAGACUGCAGGGGUUUUAAGGUAAACAAACUUCUCCUGGUACGAUCGUGCUGAGCUAGAGGCCCUGCUAGACACUUCUCUACGAGACAUUUUCACUGACAUUGUCAUUUAUUAAACACCACACAGAUCAACACAGAUUUGUCCAAAAUCUAUGAAAAAAAAUGCAAUGGAAAAACACACGUUGGUUUCGGUCAUUUCUCGCCUCCAUGUUCCUGCCACUGAGGAAACAUGGCAACCUGCAGUAAUCUGUAACACCAGAGUUUUCUGCCGUGGUGCAGUAGGUGAUGUGGUCGUCCAUCAUGGCAGCUUCUGUGGCUCAGUUCGCUCCUGGUGUGAAUGAAUAGACUCAUUAAAAUAGAACAAACAGUACUUUAUUGGACAGGGAGAAAAUUAAACAUAGAAAUGACUUCACCCAAAUCUGAGAAUGACCCAGAAAAAAACAAGUGUCUCACAUUUGUCCCCCCCCACCCCCGUUACCUUGUAGUCCACGCUAACAUGCUGCACAGGUGAUACCGUGAACUGUCUUGUGUUCUAUGAUGGAAAAAAUAGAUGAAUAAUUAAUUUCAGUUUGCCAAAUUGUUUCCUCAGUAUCAAGUGUUGAACAUUUUUCCUCCAAAUAAUCCUUAACUGAAAAUCACACUUCUCAUUUGUUCAGUGAUUUUUUUUUUUUUUUAAAAUGAACCCAAUCAGGAAAAAGAGGAACUUUCCUAGGACUCUGAUGAACUGUUAGACUUCCACAUUUGUAAUGACAUUAUCAGCAGCACUUCCAGGUUCAUACAGCGAAUCAGCACCUUGAAUCUGAUUGAUUUUUUUCCCCCACAAAACAUGAAAAUAAAAAAAUAAAAAAUCUUGUAUAAACCAAAA